CCAAAUAAUAUUAUAAUGCCCUAAUAACGAUGGAUCACACAGAAAAAAUCACCAGACCGAUACACCCCAGGGAACAAGCCAACAUUCUAUCGGUGUUGUUCUUCGGGUACACGGGCAGCAUACUCUCCACGGGCUUCAAAAAGGAGCUCGAAGACGACGAUCUGCACCAGGUGAUUCCCAAGUGCCGGUCGAAACAGUGCGCGGAUCGACUCGAGCACGCUUACCUGAGCCAGAAGAAGGUCAAAUCGCCCGACAAGCGGGUCUCCCUUUUCCGGAUAAUAUGGAAUCUGUACGGGUUGCAGUACGUCGCCAUUGGACUCUUCAGCAUGGUCUCCAAACUAUUAAUCAGCUCGCUGGAACCGGAAGCCCUGUCGAACCUAAUCGGCUACUUCCGCCCCGGCCAAAACAAAUUCACCUUCUACGACGCCCUCUACUUCGCCGGCAUGCUGAUGGCCCUCAAGACCUUCCACGCCCUCUACCACCACAACUACAUGGUCUUUUUGAGCGAACUGGCGCUGCAAAUUCGCUCCUCCUUCUGCUCGGUCAUCUACAGGAAGGCCCUCAGGCUGUCGCCCACCGCCCUCGCCGAGACCAGCUUGGGCAACAUCGUCACGGUCAUCACCAAAGAUGUCACCACGUUCGAGGAUUGCCUGCACACGUUCAACAGCAUCUGGGUGACCAUCAUCCAAACGGUGUUCCUGUGCUAUUUGAUCUACCGCAGGAUCGGCUAUCCCGCUUUAGUCGGGGUUUUUAUAUUGCUCGGUCUGGUGCCUUUCCAAGCUUACACCGCUAAAAUAAUACGAAAUCUUCGAUUGAAGAUGGUUAGAUGUACCGACGAAAGGUUGCAGAGGAUGCAAGAGGCUCUUUCUACUAUUAAAACCGUAAAAAUGUACACCUGGGAGAAGAUACUGGCCGAUAAAAUAGGCGAAACGAGAAUGAGAGAAAUGAAGAUCAUGCUGACGGGUUCGUACACGAAAAUCGCCGUGAUGAUAUCGAGCAGCUUGGAGGCGAAGUUCGCCUUCUACGCCAUCCUGAUGCUCUAUCUCUCGGUGCACAACGACAUGAGCGCCGAGGACAUCUUCUACGCGAUGAAGGUGUUCGGCAGCCUGCGCGUCAGCAUCGCCAUCGUCUUCUCGUUCGGCUUCUCGCGCCUCGGCGAGUUCUCGGCCUCGUUGCAGCGCAUCAAUCACAUCCUGGAGCUCGACGAGCUGGCCGACUUCGUCGACAAGCCCGACGACGAGCCGCAGAUCGACUUCCGCGACGUGUCGCUGACGCUCGGCGACAGGAAGAUCCUGCGGCACGUCGAUCUGAAGCUGCAGGUCGGCCUGAACGCCGUCACCGGCCAGCUGGGCGGCGGCAAGAGCUCGCUGAUCAAGGUGGCUUUGAGGGAUUUCCCGUACGAGGGGGAGGUGAGGACGCGCGGCAGGAAGAGCUACGCCUCGCAGGAUCCUUGGUUGUUUCCGUCGUCGAUCAAGCAGAACAUUCUGUUCGGCGAGAAGUACGAUUACGAUAGGUACAAAGCGGUGGUGUCCGCUUGCGCUUUGGACUACGAUUUCGAUAAUCUAGAAAAGGGCGAUGAGACCAUAGUAGCCGACGGUGGUAAUAACUUGAGUAAAGGCCAGCAGGCUAGGGUGAACUUGGCUCGAUGCGUGUACAAAGACAGCGAUAUUUACCUCAUAGAUGAUGCACUUACAGCGUUGGAUCCCAAAGUGCAGGAGCACAUCUUCCAGCAUUGCAUCCGGGGUUUGUUGAAGGACAAAUGCGUGGUGUUGAUAACGCACAAUUCCAGGCACAUUAAGAAAGCCGAUCGAGUCGUGGUGAUGCACGACGGCGUCGCGAAAUCCUACGAAAACGUUCAAGACGUCUCCGAGGAAUUGCUCGAAGCCAUCGAGGUCGUCGAAGACAAGCGCACCGUCGAUGAAGAAGUUAAAGACGAUGAGGUUGCGAACGAGGAGGAUAAAUUAUUGGUCGCCAAGCCGCCGGCGAGCAAGAAGAUGCAGGUGUACCACGAGAACAAAAAAGCCGGCGGUGUUGAUCUCAAAUUGUACCUCAAAUACAUCAAAUACUCCGGGGGAUUUUUAAUGGGCGGGCUGCUGCUCGCCUCCUACGUGGGCUCCACUUUGCUCGAAAGCACCUCCGAGAAGAUGCUGAGCAACUGGAUCAACGAAAAAUCGAAGAUAACAAACGUGAAAGAAAGAAACUUCAUCAACUCGACGAUCGACUUGGAUUCGCUCGACAUCGAUAACAAAACCACCGUGUUCCUGAAUAACACCUUCAACAUUUCGACGGAAGUAAUCCACGAAGUGGGCAGACUGGAACUGCACGCGGACAAGAUAAUGAACAUCUACACGAUGGCGAUCGUCGGCUACGCCGUGGCGGAGCUGGUGAAGAACUUCCUCGUUUUGAAGAUGAGCCUGGCCGCCUCCAUUACGCUCCACAAGAAAAUGGUGGCGAGAAUUCUGAACGCCACCAUGCAGUUCUUCGACACCUACUUCAUCGGCAACAUACUGAACAGGUUCUCGCAGGAUUUGAGCGUCAUCGACGAGCAACUCAUGUUCAUCGUGACUAUGGUAGUCGGGAUUGUCUUCCAUUUGGUCGGAUCGUUGGGAUUGAUCGCCACUAUAAACUGGAAGUUCAUCAUACCCGCUAUAGCUUUAGGGAUAUUUUCGUUUUUCUGCCGAUUGGUUUACAUUAGAACGGCGAGGAGUUUGAAGCGACUCGAAGCGGCUACUCGUAGUCCAUUAGUAGGUCAUUUGAACUCCACCAUGGACGGCCUGACGACGAUCAGAGCCUACAAGGCUCAGGAUAUUCUGAAAGACGAGUUCGACAGACACCAAGAUUUGUACUCGAGCGCUUUCUAUUCCUCGGUGUGCAUCAAAGGAGCUUUCGCCUUCGCCAUGGACAUCGCCUCCUUAUUCUUCUGGCUAUCAGUCGUCAUUAGAUUCCUGUUUUUCGACACGGGAUCCAACACGGGCGACGUGGGCUUGACUCUAACCCAAGCGGGAAUGCUCAGCGGCAUCAUCCAAGGCGGUUUGAUGGUCUGGUCGGAGGUGGAGAAGAACAUGACGUCGUUCGAAAGAGCCAUGGAGUACACGACCGUAGAGAAAGAGGAGAAAACCGGUUCGGAACCCGAGAAUUGGCCGAGGCGCGGCGAAAUCGUCUUCAAAAAGGUGUCGCUGCGAUACGCAAACUCCGACGACAGAGUAUUGAAAGGCAUCGACUUGGCGAUUAAAGGCGGAAGUAAGAUAGGCGUAGUGGGAAGAACCGGAGCCGGAAAAUCCUCGCUCAUUUCCGUCUUGUUCAAACUGUACGACUUCGAAGGCGACAUACACAUAGACGGUACCGACGUGAAGAAGAUCUCCUCUACGUUCCUGCGCCAGCACAUUUCGAUCAUACCGCAGGAUCCGAUCAUAUUCUCGAGCACCGUGCGCAGCAACGUCGACCCGCUGGAGACCUUCACCGACGAGGAGGUGUGGAAGACGCUGCACAAGGUCCACCUGGACGGCGCCGUGCCCGCCUUAGACACGCAAAUCAACGAGCUGAAGUUCAGCACGGGCCAGCGGCAGCUGAUGUGCCUGGCCCGGGCCAUCAUCAGGAAGAACAAGGUGGUGGUGCUCGACGAGGCGACGGCCAACAUGGACCCGGAGACGGAGCGCGUGGCGCAGAAGAUCAUCGACGAGAACUUCUCCAGUUGCACGUUGAUCGUGAUCGCCCAUCGGCUGGACUCGAUCUUGGACUGCGACAAGGUGCUGGUGUUGAACAGGGGCGCCGUCGAGGAGUUCGAUACGCCGAGGGCGCUGCUGGGGAAUCCCCGCGGGCAGUUCUUCGCCAUGUUGAAGAAUAGCGGGAUGCAGGAGGAUAUAGAUAGGAUCGUUUCGAGUACGUAGGUUGGUUUUGAAUUAAUUAAAAGACCGGUGUUUUUUUUUUUAUUAAACAAUCAUUUUUAUUAAAAGAAGCGAUUAUCACAAAAUGACAAUUUUUAUGAAAUUAUCGUUAGAGUCGUUUUACACAAAAUAGGACGAUAUAAAUAAAUUGAAUUAGUUAAAUAGCGUCACGUAAUCGAAAUUAUACAUGUAUAGAAGAGAAACAAGAGAUUCGUUGUAAAUAAAUACAAAAUGCAAAUUUUCGUUAAAUUACUGGUCGACUUAUAUAAAUUAUUAUAGGUACUAUAAAUCGAUUUGACUAAAAGUUUGACUGCUUCGAGUAAAAAAUAAAAAAAUCAGUCAGCACCAUUAUAAAAAAAAAUGUGCGUACAAUGACGCUAGAAGUGAUAACUUCCUCCUAAUUAUUCCGAUUUUCAUAGACUCUCCUUAUCCAUUUCCAUAACGAAAUUAUCACUUCAAAAAAUCCGGAGCAAUUCGCAAUUGUUCCUCAUUCGAUAUUUUCAUUCAUACACUUUAUACAUUCUCAAAGAAAUAAUUAUUUAUAUACUUAACUAGCUUAAAAAAUACAUUCCACGUCUUCCAAAGGCUGCCAAAAAUAUUGGGAAAACUGUCGAUAUUUACAAAAGAUUAGUUUAAUUCAAUACUUAAUAAAAGAUAGAGAGAGAGUCGAGAUAAUUUUUAAUGCUUAGAGCGUUUCUUUAAACAAAACCACCACCGAUUUUUCCCUUUUAAUAACGAGAGAACACUGGUUAAUCGCAGCCGAUGGAAAAGAUAGUUAAAAAUGUGCACGAAAACGGCACGAUUGGGCAACAAUAUCGUACACAUUUUCAUAAACUAAAACAUAAAGCAUAUUCGCUAUAUCCUCCGCAAGACCGGCGCUUCCUCAAUCGGCAGUAUACAAUGUAAAAGUGAGCAGCGUUGGGACGGAUUCAAUCGGAAGCUAACCGAAUCAUUGCGGAUUAUCGAUUUUUCUUUACAACGUUCGAGUAUUUAUCGUUCGUUCGUUCGAACGAACGAUCGAAGAGUAUUGAGGCUAAUAAAACAAUAAAAAAAAUAAUAAAAUAAAAAAACAUUCGCAGUUUACGUGAGGUAGUCUGGACUCGGCUCCGCCAUCGGCUCCGGAGUGGUGAACAGCGGAUUAGGAAACUCCGGCGGAUGCGGCAGCGGUCCCGUCGACUUCGGCCUGCGACGGUAGGCCAUCAGCCAGCAGGACACCGCUAUGGCGACGGCGACCAAGGCCAGCAGGGCAGUGAUUAUCAGCGCGAUGAUAAAGCCGAUCAUCGACACGCAAAUGUCUUCCGAACGUUGAGCAUUCGCCGCUGAAUUAU